AUGGCUUCAAGAAGUUUCGAUGAUGAUAAACGUUUCAUUGAGCGUAUUGACAAAGUUAGAUAUAGAAUUAAAAAGGGUUUUGUACCUGAUAUGAAUUGUUUUCGUCAAGAUUUAAUUAGAUGUAUAGUUAGAAAUGUUGAUGGUAUGAUUUAUGUGAAUGAUAGUAUUAAAGAUUUGAUAUUUGAAGAGUUAGAACAACAUUGUACACAUGGAAGUGGUGGAUUUCUUCCAGCGGUUAAACAGAUUGCCAAUGUAGCCAGUUUGCCUGGAAUCGUUGGCCACUCACUUGGUAUGCCAGAUAUUCACAGUGGAUAUGGAUUCUCCAUUGGAAAUGUAGCUGCUUUUGACACAGAGAAUCCGAAAUCAAUCGUUUCACCCGGUGGUGUAGGUUUCGAUAUUAAUUGCGGUGUUCGUUUGCUCCGUACCAAUCUGACAGAGAAAGAUAUCGAUCCCAUAAAAGAAACGUUGUGCCAAUCGUUGUUUGAUCACAUUCCAGUCGGUGUGGGAUCGAAGGGUGUCAUCCCGAUGGGUACGAAGGCGCUGGAUGCAGCAUUGGAACUCGGUUUGGAUUGGUCGUUGCGUGAGGGAUACGCGUGGGUCGAAGACAAGGAGCAUUGCGAGGAGUACGGAAGAAUGUUGAAUGCCGAUCCAUCGAAGGUUACGGAGCGUGCAAAGAAGCGUGGACUUCCACAACUCGGAACUCUCGGUGCCGGUAACCAUUAUCUUGAGGUACAGGUUGUCGAUGAGAUUUUCAAUCCUUCGGCCGCCAAGAAGAUGGGUGUCGACCAAAUCGGUCAAAUUUGUAUUAUGAUUCAUUCGGGUAGUCGUGGACUUGGACAUCAGGUGGCUACUGACGCGCUCACAGGCAUGGAGAAAGCAAUGGCAAGAGAUAAGAUUCAGAUCAACGAUAAACAACUUGCAUGUGCACAUAUCAAUUCACAGGAGGGACAGGAUUAUCUGGCUGGUAUGGCUGCUGCUGCCAAUUUCGCUUGGGUUAACAGACAGAGUAUGACGUUUUUGGCGAGACAAACCUUUGCCAAAGCAUUUAAUUCGUCGCCAGACGAUCUAGACAUGCACGUAAUCUAUGAUGUAUCACAUAAUAUCGCGAAAUUCGAGGAACACGUUGUUGAUGGCAGACCAAAGAAAUUGUUGGUUCACAGGAAGGGUGCAACACGUGCAUUCCCACCACACCACCCUUUGAUUCCAGUAGACUAUCAAUUCACAGGACAACCGGUAUUGAUCGGUGGAACUAUGGGUACCUCCAGUUAUGUACUCACCGGUACAGACAUUGGAAUGCGUGAAACAUUUGGUUCGACAUGUCAUGGUGCAGGUCGUUCAUGCUCAAGAAACAAGUCACGUAAUAACCUUUCAUAUCAAGACGUAUUGACAAAUCUGAGGGACAAAGGAAUCAGUAUUAGAAUUGCAUCUCCAAAAUUGAUUAUGGAGGAAGCACCAGAAUCUUACAAAGAUGUUACUCAAGUCAUUGAAACUUGCCACACCGCCGGUAUCUCACAAAAAUCAUUUAAAUUAAGACCAAUUGCUGUAAUUAAAGGAUAA